AUGAAAUUUGAUUAUGAGACAUUAAAACACAUGGGUCCCUUCAGCAUUACUGUCAGCGCCCUUGGCAUUACAGGGUUUGCUCUAUCCAGCAUCAAUCACCUUCGGGAUUUGAUUGGUAGCCUCGCAGAUGCCAAAGCAAUGGUCCAAGAUAUUGCCCCCUCCUUAAGGGCCAUCCAGCGCCCGCUCACUGCUCUGGAACAGCUUGUCAUUUCUGAUGACAUGACCUAUUCUGCAGCCUAAUCGGAUCUCCAAAAGACGGGCGUCGCGGAGGCUGUGAAUUGAUGUGGUCAGGCAUGUGCUGACUUCACAAAGCAACUUCAGAAAUGAACAAAACACUCCAGCACAACACAGCUUUCACUUCGAGAUCCCCUUUCUGUGGGUGUGGAGAACAAAGAGAAGAU